CAUAAUCUUACAAGUUUCUCCAAUUAAUGGAUGCUUUUGUGAACAAACAUGGUGCUUAUAUACUUCUCAGUAUGCUAAGUGUGAAGCAAUCAUGAUCUUAGCCAUGGCCAUAACAAGAUCUUAUAUCACUCCGGCCUUGGUAGGCUUGGUUCUUUUACUUAUCAACAACCUGAGUGAUUUUGCAUAUGCUGCUGAGAGUGAAGGGUUAGGAGCUUCUUUUAUCUUUGGUGAUUCCCUGGUUGAUUCCGGAAACAAUAACUACUUGCCGACACUGUCCAAGGCGAAUGUCCGUCCUAAUGGGAUAGAUUUCAAGGCAUCCGGAGGAAAUCCCACCGGACGGUACACCAAUGGUAGAACUAUUGGUGACAUAGUUGGUGAAGAACUGGGACAACCAAAUUACGCAGUCCCAUAUUUAGCUCCUAACGCUACAGGGAAAGCAAUAUUGUAUGGGGUCAAUUAUGCUUCAGGAGGAGCAGGGAUCAUGAAUGCAACUGGAAGAAUAUUUGUAAAUAGGGUCGGAAUGGAUAUCCAAAUCGAUUAUUUCAACGAAACAAGGAAGCAGAUUGAUAAGCUACUGGGUCCAUCAAAGGCAAAAGAGUACGUUUCGAAGAGGUCUAUUUUCUCAAUCACAGUGGGAUCAAAUGACUUUCUGAACAAUUAUAUGCUACCAGUCAUCUCCAUUGGAGCAAGAAUUUCUCAGACCCCAGAUGCAUUCGUUGAUGAUUUGAUCACUCACUUCAGGGCUCAACUCACUAGACUUUAUCAAUUGGGUGCUCGAAAAUUUGUGAUAGGAAAUGUUGGACCUAUAGGUUGCAUACCGUAUCAGAAGACCAUCAAUCAGCUCAACCAAGACCAAUGUGUGGAGUUGCCUAAUAAGCUUGCGGUGAAAUACAAUGGCAGAUUGAAAGACUUGCUUGCUGAGCUGAAUGACAACCUCCCCGGAUCAACAUUUGUUUACGCAAAUGUGUAUGAUCUAGUGUCGGAGCUCAUUACUAACUACGAUAAAUAUGGAUUUACAACUGCAAGUAGAGCUUGCUGUGGGAAUGGUGGCCAAUAUGCAGGAAUAGUUCCAUGUGGUCCAACAUCAAGUAUGUGUUCUGAUCGGUCCAAGCAUGUAUUCUGGGAUCCCUACCAUCCAAGUGAAGCUGCCAACCUUAUACUUGCCAAGAAAUUGGUUGAUGGAGACACAAGAGUCAUUUCUCCAAUGAAUCUCAGGCAACUUCGAGACCAUUAACUGUGUAACCUGUAUAUAUACGUUCCACUGUGCAUGUGUACAUUUAGUUGUACACUCAUUUCUCUUGCUUUCUUUGUGAACUGUAACUAGUACAACCUUUGCUUUUCUUAUUAUGG